AGCUGGAGAUAGACACACAGAGAAGAAAACUAAAGUGACCUGACAGCCUUUUUCAGACUGAAGUCAAGCUGCAUUUUUUGGGCGAUCAAACAAAUGCCCUACUGGAGCACAUGACAUCCUGUUUAUGGUGAUAUCAGAGGGGGGCAAAAGGUGUGGGAUUGGACAGCAAAACGUCUCUGAACACUUCUUCACUUCAAAAUCUUCCUUCCCCUUGCUGUGUAUUUCCUUCAGCAGCCGUUGUCUCCUUGCCUUUGUCUCCUUUCCAGCCUGUUGCUGCCAUGGAUCGCUCGGUGCAGGAACUCUUCCUCAACUUCAUGAUCGUCUUAAUCACCGUUCUCUUGAUGUGGCUGCUGGUAAAAACAUAUCAGGACUAACAUGUGGGACAUAAAUAUUUCUCCCAUCUCCUGUCAGAGGAGAUGGGAGGCAUUGUAUGGAGUCUGCAUGGUUUCUGCUGCUAUUUUAGAUCAAAUUUCAGAUGUAGUGUUUACAUCUAUGGGAACGCUGUGAUUUUGAUGCAGUUACCAUAUUAAAGGUAAACUGUUCUGGGAUUGUAAGGUGCCUUCAGAGUUACUUUUGCACAAGGCAUUGCUCAGGAAUUGAAAACCAAAAAAAUUGAUUCCCGGAACAGGAAGGAUGGUCAACGAAAAUGUGCAAAUACGUCCAGUGCCUGUUUUCAAAGAAUAUAAUGUCAUCAAUAACCAGUUGGCAUUUUUUAACUCACACAUGCUGUUAUGUCUCAGUCUGUAUGAUAUAGCAUUCUGCUUCGAAGUGAUUUGAGUGUCAGCUUUAUUAAAAAAAAAAAUGAUAUAUCAAAAGUUAAGGUAAUGCUGAAUUCUUGCAGAAUAAAUUCACUUUUUGGUUUCGUCUUUCUAUUUUUUCCCCACACAAAUGUAUUAAUUUAAGGGUCUGUGACACUUGAAAAAAUAAAGCUACACA